AUGGAUGAUGCUGCCAUCCUCAAGCGACGAGGCUAUAUCAUGGGGAUAAACUUGGGAGAGGGCUCCUACGCCAAAGUCAAGUCCGCUUACUCUGAGCGCCUAAAGUUCAACGUGGCGGUCAAGAUCAUCGACCGCAAGAAAGCCCCCACAGACUUCUUGGAGAAAUUCCUUCCCCGGGAAAUCGAGAUUCUAACCAUGCUAAACCACCGCUCCAUCGUCAAGACCUACGAGAUCUUCGAGACAUCCGACGGCAAGGUCUAUAUUAUCAUGGAGCUCGGGGUCCAGGGCGACCUCCUCGAGUUCAUCAAAACCCGGGGGGCCCUGCACGAAGAUGAUGCUCGCAAGAAGUUCCACCAGCUCUCCUCCGCCAUCAAGUACUGCCACGACCUGGACAUUGUCCACCGCGACCUCAAGUGCGAGAACCUUCUCCUCGACAAGGACUACAACAUCAAGCUGUCCGACUUUGGCUUCGCCAAGCGCUGCCUCAGGGAUGACAACGGCCGACUGAUCCUCAGCAAGACCUUCUGCGGGUCGGCGGCGUACGCGGCCCCCGAGGUCCUGCAGGGCAUCCCCUACCAGCCCAAGGUCUACGACAUCUGGAGCCUGGGCGUGAUCCUCUACAUCAUGGUCUGCGGCUCCAUGCCCUACGACGACUCCAAUAUCAAGAAGAUGCUGCGCAUCCAGAAGGAGCACCGCAUCAACUUCCCGCGCUUCAAGAACCUGACCAGUGAGUGCAAGGACCUCAUCUACCGCAUCCUGCAGCCCGACGUCAACCGGCGGCUGCACAUCGACGAGAUCCUCAGCCACGGCUGGGUGCAGCCCAAGGCCCGGCUCCUGUUCUCUGCAGCCAUCGACAAGGAUGGCGAGACCUCAGCGACCCCCAUUCUGGAGGCCUCGGGGGUCCAGGAAUCCCCAUGGACCCCUGAGCCUGGCCCUGACAAGAAGUCUGCCACCAAGCUGGAGCCCCAGGAGGCCCAGCCUGAGAUGAACCCAGAGUCACAACCCAAGGAGGAGAUUCUGCAAGAGGCGUCGAGGCUGUUGGAUAUCAGAAGCGCAGUCCCUAUGGAGGGCCGGCCAAGUAGGGACACAGAGGAAGGGGGAGCCCUGAAGCCUGCAGACACGCACACCUCGUGA